AUGGCCUACUCGCGCCCGUUCCCUGCACCACCGGCGACGCAGCCCUACACGUCCGUCGCCAGCCCGCCGUUCCGUGCCCCGGCACCCGCAGGUCCUCCUCCAGCUGCCGCCCCACCACCCUCGUCCGUCCCCGCCGGCACCCUCCCGCCAGGGACCCUCGUCGAGGUCGGUCAGUACCGCGUCACCGUCCAGCGCUUCCUCAGCGAAGGCGGCUUUGCGCACGUCUACCUCGCCCAGUCGGCCGUCCCGCUCCCGCCCAACUCGCCCACCGGCACGACCCAGCAUGUCCUCAAGCGCAUGGUCGUCCCCGACAAGCGUGGCGUCGAGGAGGUCGGCCGAGAAGUCGACGUCAUGCGCCAGCUCAAGAACCACCCCAAGAUCGUCAACAUGAUCGAGGCGUCGGUCGCCGACCUGCCCGGCGGCGUCGACGGCAGCAAGGGCUACGAGAUCUACAUUCUCAUGGAGUGGUGCCAAGGCGGCGGCAUCAUCGACAUGAUGAACACGCGGCUGCAGAACCGCCUCACCGAGGGCGAGAUCCUCAAGAUCUUUAGCGACGUCGUCGAGGCCGUCGCGCACAUGCACUACCAGUCGCCGCCGCUUAUCCAUCGAGACCUCAAGGUCGAGAACAUCCUCCUCUCGCCGCCGCAGACGUACAAGCUGUGCGACUUUGGCUCGACGACGCGCCCUCUGCCGCGCGACAAGGUGCCGACGACGGUCGAGGGCAUCCAGAAGCUCGAGCACUCGAUCAACAAGACGACGACGCUCCAGUACCGCGCUCCCGAGCUCGUCGACGUCUGGGGCCGCAAAGGGUUCGACGAGAAGAUCGACAUCUGGGCGCUUGGCGUCUUCCUGUACAAGCUGUGCUUCUACACGACGCCGUUCGAGGAGCACGGUCCGCUCGCCAUCCUCAACGCGCAGUACAAGUUCCCGGCGUACCCGGCCUACUCGUCGUCGAUCCGCAGCCUCAUCGGCGCCAUGCUGCAGGAGCGCGCGAGCCAGCGCCCGAACAUCUACCAGGUCCACGAGAUGACGUGCCGCCUGCGCGGCGUCCCUGUUCGACUCGAGAAUGUGCGU